CAUUUGUAUCUACUGGAGCGGUGAUGACUAGAGCAUUAGUAGAAAAAGCGUUUAAGUUAUUUAAACCCGAUAAUUCGCCUAUUAAAGCCCGUGCAUACUAUGGGGAUAUGGAUGGAAAACAGAGACAAAAAGACUUUUCUAAUAUUAAUAAUGUCUGGGGCGAACUUGACUGUAUAGCCUAUACAAAUACUGUGGAGGCAGGAAUAUCAUUUGAAGUUACAGGCCACUUUGAUAUAGUUAUAGCUAUUACAAACAUUGCCACUCCUGUUCAUGUUGAGGCCUUUGCACAAAUGCUUUAUCGAAUUCGCGACUGUCCUCGUCGUAUUAUUUCCAUGUUCUAUCAGAAAAAUUUCAAUGAGCUUUUUCGUCCACCAGGUCGUAAAAAUAUUCGAGCAGAACUUGAAAGUGCUCGACCUAAUAAUUUACCUACAGCAAUAAAAGGACAUCGUGAAUGGAAUAAUAAUACCAUUUCUUAUAAAGUUGAUGAGUCUCUAGCUGUAAUAACAUUCAUUGAAGUUGAGCAUCAGAAACGCCUUUCUGCAAGAUAUUUUAUUGAGAAGCUUUGUAGUCUUAUAGCCAGUACUGGUGCUUCUCUCCAACUAAUAAAAAUGGAUGAGACCCAAGGAGUUAUAGAGAACUGUAAAAAAAUCCAUAAUGAGGUUAGAGUUGAAGCAUUAGUUAUCAAAGAAACAGAUUUUAACGCAGUUGCUACUUCCCGGAAUCUUGGUCCUGAAGAAGCUGAAAAUCUUAAGUUUGACCAAGAACGCUCUAUCCCAGAUACUAUGGCUCUUAAACGUUUCUAUAUGCGAAAUAUUUAUAGCUGUAAAGAUAUAAGUACCGAAGAUUGGGAUAAUCUUUGCAAUAAGAAAUUUGUAGAACGUUUUAGUCCAUCUGAACCUCAGAAACAUUUUCUGUGCUUAUCUUAUUUCCGGAAGCAAGGUUGUGAUGAAGAUAGUGCAAUAGAAGGUUUGUAG